GAGACGUAGGGAGCUAUAUUGUAUUGCACCAAAACAGAGAUGGAGAAGGCAAGCUCCGAUCAGGUGGUUAUCAAUAUGGACCAAAAUGGAGCCGGCGAUCCAAAGCCCCAAAACCCAAUUAGAGCCAAAACCUUGGACCGCCUUAGCUUCUCCAAACCCAAAGCCAGAUUCGUCGAGUACAACUUUCCAUUCAGUGCUCAAAAACCAAUUUUCGAGUCCAACGAUAUUGAGUCCCCCUUCGACGACGACGACGACGGCGACUCCUCUUCUGCAGAUGAUGAUGAUGAGGUGAACGAGGAGUUGGAGAAAGAUAGAGGUCGAAUGGGACAAUCAAAGAACAGAAAAAGGAAGAAGAAGUUCAAAUGGAGACUCUUGACUGAAUGGGUCGCGUUUUUCAUCAUAAUGACUUUCCUGAUCUGUUACCUCACAAUAGAGUCUCGGAAAGAGAAGCUGAUUUGGGGUCUUGAAAUCUGGAAAUGGUGCCUGAUGGUGUUGGUGACAUUCUGUGGCCGUUUGGUCUCCGGUUGGCUGAUCGGUCUGGCUGUGUUCUUCAUUGAACGUAACUUCAUGCUAAGGGAGAAGGUGCUGUACUUUGUUUAUGGACUGAGGAAGAGCAUUCAAAACUGCAUCUGGUUAGGCCUUGUUCUUCUUGCAUGGACAUUCAUGUUCAAUGGCAAAGUUAAGAGGGAAAACAAAAUUCUCAAAAAGGUAUUUAAGACAUUAGUAGCGAUUCUGCUUGCUGCAACCAUAUGGCUUAUGAAGAUUGUGUUUGUGAAAAUUUUGGCGUCGUCAUUUCACGUGGCGACCUUCUUCGACAGAAUGAAGGAAAGCGUUUUCCACCAUUACAUUCUGGAUACGCUCUCCGGGCCGCCGAUGGACGAACAGAUCAUUAAAAAUCACAAUCACCUAAGUGAGUCGAAGACGCUGCCGGCCAAUUGGAAGGAUGCGAGGAGCAUUUACAAGUCCAAGAAGUAUGGCUCGAGGAAAAUUGAUAUGGAGAAGCUAAGGCAGCUUAGCAUGGAGACACGAGCCUCGGCAUGGAGCAUGAAGAGGCUUGUUUCCUACAUAAGGUCGUCUGGACUGUCCACCAUUUCUAGGACCGUGGAUGAUUUUGGAAAGGCAGAGUCGGAGAUCAAUAGUGAGUGGGAGGCUAGGAACAUGGCACGCCGGAUUUUCAAGAACGUUGCUAAACCGGGUGCCAAGUACAUUGAAGAGGAAGAUCUGAUGAGAUUUCUAAAAAGGGCUGAGAUUCAUACCAUAUUCCCUCUCUUUGAAGGAGCGCUUGAGACCGGAAGGAUUUCAAAGUCCUCCUUCAGAAAUUGGGUGGUUCGAGCUUAUUUUGAGCGUAAAUUCCUAGCACACUCACUGAAUGAUACCAAAACAGCAGUGCAACAACUCCACAAACUAGCAAGUUCAGUAGUGAUCGUGAUUAUAAUCGUGGUUUCCCUUUUGGUAAUGGAGGUAGCAACACCAAAAGUAAUUCUUGUUGUCUUAACAAACCUUAUUCUUGUGGGGUUCAUGUUCCAAAACACCUGCAAGAUGGUCUUUGAGUCCAUUGUGUUCAUCUUCAUCAUGCACCCUUUUGACAUUGGCGACCGUUGCGUCAUUGAUGAUGUCCAAAUGAUUGUGGAAGAGAUGAAUAUCUUAACCACUGUGUUUCUCCGGUAUGAUAUGGAGAAAAUUUAUUACCCUAACUCGGUGCUGCUAACAAAGCCGAUCAGCAAUUUCUACAGAAGUCCAGAAAUGCAUGACUGUAUCGAUUUCACCAUCAACUUAUCUACCCCUAUGGACACAAUCAUUGCACUUAAAAAGGCCAUACAAAUUUAUAUUGAAAGCAGGCCAAAGUAUUGGAAUCCAAAACAUUUAGUGUUUGUGAAGGAAAUAGGUAGGAUGAACAAAUUGAAGAUGGCCUUGAGCGUCCAGCACACAAUCAAUCAUCAGAAUUAUGGUGAACGUUGCAGUCGGAUUACAGAGCUGAUUCUGGAAUUGAAGAAAAUCUUUGAAAACCUUGGAAUCGAGUAUCAUCUUCUUCCUCAAGAGGUCCAUCUCACUCAAGUCAACUUUGAUAACUGGAGUAUGCCACAGUUAUGAUGAGCUGGCUGAAGUGCGUACUGUGUCUUUCAUUUUGAAGUCUAGCAAUUUCCCUUUUAAUUUGAAUUUCCUAAUAUAUUUUAAUAGUGAGUCGUAUAAUAAAGAACAAUAUAAUCAUUCCAAACUUUAACGUAUCGGUACCUGGCCUCUAAGCCCCUAUGUGUGUCAUUAUCUAUGUUACUCUUUAUUUUUAUUU